AUGUCAACUUGGCCUGCUUCGUCUCUUUGCUCAGAUGCUCCCUCGCUCGCUUCGCUCUGCUCGCCGCUAAUUGACUCGCUCUCCUAUUGCCAAGCUGUCGUCGGCACAUGGCAUGGCGCCAUCACUGCUCGGUCGGUCUGGGUCAAUCUCUUCCAUCCACCCAUCGCUGAGGACACUUCGCCGUCUGCAUCUACUGCCGCUCCCUGCCCAGCAGAAGCUGCAGAGGCUGUCUGGUCCCAAUUUGAUCUCCACGUCGCAGCGGGCGUCUUUCACCUUCAAUCAGCGGCCCAGCCGCAGCUCACCACGACGGCCCAGAUUUGCGACUAUGUGCCCGAGACCGGCCAUGCUUCGCUCUGCCGUGUCGUCCCAGGUGUCGGUCCGGCUCCGGUCCCGGCUUCACCUGGAUGCGCGUGUGCUGCGGAUGAGCUCGGGUGCGUGAUCUUCAAGCUGGCGCCGAAUGGCUCCCGAGCUGUCAUUGCUGGCAAUGUCACUGUCCGCGCCCGCCGUGGUGUUUCGUUUGUUGGCCUUGACGCUGCCUGUCCGGCCAUCGACGAUCUCGAUCCGCUCAGCCCUCCCGCCGUCGCCUGCUCAGCCGACGGUUUUUUGGCUUCGGGCUUGCUGCUUGGCACAGCAAGCCGGACUUCAACAUCGGUCCCGUCGCCUCCACCGCCGCCGCCGCCGCGCUCGCCCAUCUUUGGCCUCUCUUCGGUUACUCUAGCCGCCGAGGUUGCGCUGAUUGUGGGCGUGGUCGCCCUGCUCGUCGUCGUCGCCGUCAUCGUCUGCAUCCGCUGCAGGCAAACUGCGGCCGUCAGAGACGUGUCACUGGCGUACGCCGUCUCGACGGGCCGGCUCGAGCGCGCCAUGGCGGUCACCCUCGACUCCAAGACCAACGCCGCAGACGACGGGCCAGUAUGGCGCGACUUGCCCAACCGCUCCAUUUCGGUCUCACUCGGUGGUGUUGAUAUCCUUCAUACCCCGUUCGAGUCGGGCUUCGAGUCGGCUACCGAAUUCUCCGACCACAGCCCGUCAUCCAACACCACCAUGCGCUCGCCGACCUUGCCUGUUACUCCGUCGUCGUCCCAGGCCGUCGCUGUUGCAGAUGCCCUCGUCGGCAGCGCUGACAGGCAGGACUUGCUACAGCUGCCGCGGCAGGGAAGCGGUGGCAGGCCUGGUCGGCGCAGCUCACUCGGCUCGCGCGCCCACGUCCGCUCGGCAUCCCAGAACGGCGCGUCAUCGACAUCACCUGCUCGUGGCGCCCGCCCUCGCCGCCGCAUCGUCACCAACUCGAGCGCUGACUCGCGGGUGAAACGCAAUCGAGCCGCUCUCACAGGCUCAUCGUUCUCGUCGUCGUCGCUGGACGUGGCCAACGCUGCCAAGAGAGGCAAGCGAUCCGAGAGCUGCACCCGCCUGUGA